GGCGCCGCCGUCCGCCGCGGCUGUGGCCGCCGCGGCCAUGGCCCAGCGGGCGCCCAGGGGGCAGGGGCAGGACGAGGAGGAGGGAGCGGAGGAGGAGGCGGCGGCGAGGGGCAGCCAGGCGCGGGCCAGGAGCCACGCGGAGCCCGCAGCGAGCGGCGGCAGGAGCCAGGAGCGGCAUGAGAGGAAGCGGAAGAGGCAGGAGGCGCAGCAGCUGCAGAAGAUCCAGCACUUGGAGUCUUUCUAUGAGAAACCUCCCCCUGGGCUAAUUAAGGAGAAUGAAACAAAACCAGAAGACUGCAUACCUGAUGUACCAGGCAAUGAAAGCGCACGGGAAUUCCUGGCACAUGCCCCAACCAAAGGGCUUUGGAUGCCUUUGGGAAAAGAAGUCAAAGUUAUGCAGUGUUGGAGAUGUAAACGUUAUGGACACAGAACAGGAGAUAAGGAAUGCCCAUUCUUUAUUAAAGGCAAUCAGAAGUUGGAACAAUUUAGAGUAGCACAUGAAGAUCCAAUGUAUGAUAUAAUAAGGGAAAAUAAGCGUCAUGAAAAAGAAAAGAGGAUACAGCAACUGAAGCAGCUCCUGGAGGACUCUACCUCAGAAUCUGAUAGCAGUGAUGACAGUGAUGACGAUGAUGAAGAUGGCAGCAGCUCCACUUCCUCAGAACAUAAACACAAGAAGAAAAAGAGAAAAAAGGAAAAGAAAAAGAAAGAAAAGAAGAAGAAGAAAAAGAGGAAGCAUAAAUCAUCCAAAUCUAAUGACAAGUCAGAAUCUGACUGACAGCAGUCACCUGCUGCAUGCUCAUUGACCUCUCUACUUGUGAACUGUGAGGAAAGAUCCAAAGAAUGAGGAGGAAAACACCAGAAAGGGCUUUAUUAAACUUGAAACAUACAUGUGUAUGCAUACAGCAUCCUACACUGGCAUGCUCUUCUGCCCCUCUGCAGCCAGAAAGAAGAAAGGUGCAUUGAACCAUAUCUUUGUGCUGUAAAACCCGUGCUGAGACUCGUCCAGCUUGGUCAGAUGGGGCCUCUGCAUUGCUGCCUGUGACCAGCAGCAGAAAGCAGCGACCACCAAGGGAUCACCGACAAACCUGUAGCAUUAGCAGCCUGUCUGUUGAAGUGUCUUUACUCCAUGAAGUUAUUUUAUCACAUACAAAGCCUCAUUGUACCAGGACUGCAGUUUGCACCAUGCAGAGCACUGAGGGUUCCCUUCCAGUGCUUGUAAUGAGCAGGUUGUACUGUAUUUUCUUCUGCACGUACGUGCUGAACUUCUGUGUACUUAUCCUAAUAUUGGCAGCUAGGGAAAUAAAGAGUUCUGCUGCAGGAGACAAAAGGUAAUCAAGGAGAUUUAUUUUAUGACAAAAUUGCAGCAUCUACAAGACUUGAUUUUUUUUUUUGUGUGUGUGUAACAAAAUCUCAACAUCACCAUCAUUAAUACAAAACUCUGAAACACCUGAAGUGAAACAUGUCCAGUGUCUAAACCAUAGAAGUGGGAGCCAAGUGUAAUGAUGUUAAAUAUUCAACUUAACUGUAAAGUUUAGUUAUUUUAAAAGGGGGGGUUCCACAUAAGAAAUUAAAAAGAUGCAUUUCUGCACAUUCUGCAGUAUCAGUUGUUUUGGUACAAGUUGAGAGGGAGGUUUCCUUUUUAAAAGGCUUAGGGGUAAUAAAUUCACACUUUUUAUACUUACUAGAUUUGAUGAAGUAACAUUUUUUUGAAUCAUCCCACAAGAAUAUAAAUGUGUAAGACUCUCAUAAUGGUUUUCAACUAUUCAUGAAACCACAAUAAUAGUAAAGAAUUUGUAAGCAGGAAGAAGAGAACAUUUUGUGUAUUUAUUAGACCUCACAUACUGACCACACUUUUAAAUAAUCUUGCAGACUCAGCCAGGAAGAUGGAGAUAGCUAUAAACAGCAGUUUACAGUAACCAACUCUCUUUGAAGCCUCAAGGUACAUUAGUACAGAGCUGUGAAUUGAGGAACUAGAUCAUGGAUAUUGGUACUGUGCAAAAGAAAAGAGAAAAAUGGAUUUGCUUUGAAAGAACUUUAUAGUAUUUAGUCUCUGUGGGUAUGCUAAGAUUGAAAAAAAACCCCACACCAUACAGCUCUAAUACAGUAGAAGGAACAUUAACAGUGAAAUCAAGGAGUCAUAGAGUACAAUGCAGCUAAGAUUGUUUUAUUUUCUUCAAAGCUUUGGAAGAGAGGACAAGGGAAAGUAUAAAUUAAAAUGUUUUUUCUCCCUCC